AUGGCAACACCUCCAACAUAUGAUUCUUCAGAGAGAAGUUGUAGAGAUACAGGAAUUGAAAUGCAGAAUUUAAGCAGGUCAGGAACUAUUUCCAAAGGACAACAAGAUGAACUCCUGUUACUCCUCAUGUCUAUUCAAAAGACACUAAACAGUUUUGAAAGGUUAAAUGAUGAAAUUAAGAACCAAGACAGAUCAGGCAAAGAUAUUUCAAAGUUUGAUUUUGCUUGUGAUCAAUGUCGAAGUGCAAGUACAAGCUUAUUUAUUUUGUUUUUAGGACUGAUUGUGAUUUUUUCGAUCUCCAUGAAAGUAAUAAGUAUUAAUCGGUAA